AUUGAUGCCGCAGCUUUCAUCCUCUCAGCCGCGCAGAACCUGUCGCUUGGGCACCGCCUUGAUGACGUCACAGGAGGGGGGGAGCUGCCGACCCAGCUGUUCGCAAGGCAGGGCCAGCUGUGACGUCACUGACCUGCAUUACCUCCGUCACACGGCAACAGCCCAACCCGCAGCUGUGUUCGGAGCGGCCGGGGAGGCGAACAAUACCCGAGCAUCCGCUGCAUCACCGCGGCCUUCUCUGCCCCGCACCCUCCAGGAGCAGCAUGUAAACAAUGCAGACAUAGCCAGUCACCGCGGAGAUCGCAGCGCGGGCCAGGAUGGAUUUUCAGCAGCUGGCAGACGUCGCCGACAAAUGGUGCUCCAACACCCCCUUCGACCUGAUCGCCACCGAGGAAACGGAGCGGAGGAUGGAUUUCUACGCCGACCCCGGGGUCUCCUUCUACGUGCUGUGCCCCGACAAUGGCUGCGGGGACAAUUUUCAUGUGUGGAGUGAAAGUGAAGACUGCUUGCCUUUCCUGCAGCUAGCUCAGGAUUACAUUUCAUCUUGUGGGAAGAAAACCCUUCAUGAAAUACUGGAGAAAGUCUUCAAGUCUUUUCGGCCACUCCUCGGUCUCCCAGAUGUGGACGAUGACACUUUUGAAGAAUACAAUGCAGAUGUGGAGGAAGAAGAACCAGAGGCAGAUCACCAGCAGAUGGGGGUCAGCCAGCAGUAGAAUACCUAGGAUAUUCCCUAUAGAAAGAAAAACCAACCCAACAUAAUGUAAUAGUAAACACAUUUGACAAAAAUGCAGAACCACUCACAGCGAGCAGAGCAUCAGGCUUGCCGACAGCAGCGUUUCCAUGGGAGUUUUGUUGCUUUCCAUCCAUUUCCGAUUGUAAAAUUUUCUAUAAUUGUUUGGAGGCUGUUGGGCUCAGUUUGGAACAGAUCUGACUAAUAGGGAUUGCAAGUGCCGAUUUGAUAACAGUGGAUGGGGACCUUUAAAUGUGACCUUAAAGAGUAGCCCAAACGUAGUCUUCAUGGUGGAGGUUUUUAGGUAACCCUAGUGAGCACUGCAU